AAGCGAGCACAAAGAGUCUAGGAGUCCUUUUCUGACGCAGUUUUUACGUCCUGUCUGAGUUGCAAGUUAGAAUGCUUACGAGGACAGGUGUACAUGAGUGAGCUUGAGAUGGGAACAGGAAUCGCCCGCCCAAGCGCCACUUUGACAUGGCCAAAAGAGGAGCACAGAAGGCGCCAUUGGGCAUAGGGAUGAGACAAAUGUGCUGAAUCCUCUAUAAUUGUAAUUCAUGUGACGUCCAAGCCAUUCUCGCUGUGAAAAUUCCAGAGCUAAAAAGUCUUAAACACCAAAGACCAUCCGCGUCUCACACCUUCCCAGUUUCUACAUCGUGAUCGGGAAAGAAUAUUCUGCCUCUCCAUCCAUUACCCAUUGAGGUGUGUAGCGCCAAUCAUAUGGUUCGCUCGGAAUUAGAUGGCGGGUCCAAGGUGAACCCCCAUGUGGUCUGAUCGACAGCUGGCGGGAUUCCUAUUUUGCUUUUCUUCAUUCACGUUGCUUGCUUCGCCUUUGCCCGCUUUUUUUUAUCGUUUCUAUUGUAUUGAAAAACAGCAAUCUAUAUUGUUCCUCUCGCAUAGAGUAGCCGAACAUGUUGGCCAAGUACACGCGUUGCAAGAGGCAAAUGCGUUGAAAUGCGGUGAUCUGAGAUGCUCGUCGGAGGUGCUCUAGAUUCACUUCUGCUGGCGGGAUGCGUUCCAAACACAAGGCGAACAUGGAGUCUACUCCGGUGUAGAAGUUUAGAACCGAUAAGGGGUAGCCGCAGGGUAUAACGCUUUCAACAGAGAACUGGCACCGAGUAGUAACAAAUUCAAGGGGUAGUAACACUUUCAGCAGUUUAAUGAAAGCGUCACGGGCGUUGUCUUCAGCAGUAGGGGCAGGGGCAGGAGCAGGGGCAGAA